UCUAGUGUAAAAUAGGGUUUAUAUUUCAAAGAUAGUGCAUUAGAUUAUAGUAGAUGGCGUAAUUUUGCGUCAAGAAAACACAAUUGACAGUCACUGGAAUCGGUAGGUUUAUCUUCGAUUUUCUUUUCGCAAAGAUGAAAUAAUUAUUAAAAAGUUGACAGGAUAAUAUUAUAACACGUGCAAUAUUUUCAUGUAUUAAGUUAUAAGUACAGUAUUAAAAUGGAUGAAGCAAAAUUUCUGAAGCGGAAAGUAAGGUCUGGUGCUUUAGAUGUGCAUCCAACAGAAAAAGCUUUAGUAGUAAAUUAUGAUGUUGAGGCAUUAAUUCUUGGAAAAUUAGGAGAUCCUAUGUUAGGAGACCGUAAAGAAUGUCAAAAAAUAAUUCGGUUAAAAAGUUUAAAUGCAGAUACAAAUGUAUCACUUUUAGCUAAAGAAGUGAUAGAAAAAUGUUCUUUGAUACAUGAAUCAAAGCUUCGUGAAGUGGAACAAUUAAUUUAUUACUUGCAAAACCGUAAAGCAAAUGAUAGUUGUACAAGUAAUGAUAAUAACUCUCAACCUUCAAGACCUGCAUCAUCAGAUUCUAUAUCCACAGAUAAUGUUGAGACAGAACAUGCUGUCAUUAGUAAUGUUGCUAACUAUAAAGAACUAUUAUAUGAAGAAAUACCAGGGAAAAUAAAAGGUUCAUCACUGAUUUUACAGUUGGCUAGAAUACCAGAUAAUCUUCAUGAAUUGACCAAAAAUGAAUCUUUGUUAAGUGCUUUAGCAAGGGUUUUGAGAGAGGAUUGGAGACGUAGCAUAGAACUAUCUACAAACAUUGUCUAUAUUUUUUUCUGUUUUUCAACCUACAGUCAGUUUCAUAAUAUUGUUCUUGAAUACAGAAUUGGGUCUUUGUGUAUGGAUAUAAUAGAUUUUGAAUUACGCCGUUACGAUCAGUGGAAGGAAGAUAUGGAAAAACGUAGGCGUCAUUUUGAAAAUACUACUGGAUUAACAUUUUUUUCAAAUAGCAGUGAUAACUCUGAUAAGAAAACAAAAAUUGUUGAUGAUAUUUGGAAUACCGACGGACCUUUAGACUACGAAAUUAAAAAACGAUCUAAUGAAAUUACCACUGCUGUAUCUGAAAGUGAUAUCAAAAAAUUGAAAGAAGAACUUGAAAAAAGUCGCAAAAAAUUUAAAGGUUUAACGAAAAAACAAGAACAAUUAUUACGAGUUGCUUUUUAUUUAUUGCUAAAUAUUGCUGAAAAUAUGGAGGUUGAGAGAAAGAUGCGCAAAAAAAAUGUAAUUGGUAUGCUGAUCAAAACAUUGGAUAGAACAAACACUGAUUUGUUAAUACUUGUUAUUGCAUUUUUAAAAAAAUUAUCCAUAUUUCGUGAGAAUAAAGAUCUUAUGGCUGAAGAAAAUAUUAUUGAAAAAAUACCGAGGCUUCUUCAAAGUAACAAUACAGAUCUGGUUUUGAGUACUUUAAAAUUAUUGUUUAAUCUUUCUUUUGAUGCAAAACUUCGAGCAAAAAUGAUAAGAGUUGGUUUAUUACUGAAAUUAAUUAAAUUGCUUAGUCAAAGUGACAUUAAAAAUAAAACCACAAUUUUGGGUUUAUUAUAUCAUGCCAGUAUGGAUGAUAAAGUAAAAGCAAUGUUUACGAAUACCGAUUGUGUGCAGAUAGUAACAAACAUGAUAUUAAACUCUGAAGAUGACCAACCGAAAUUGGAAUUAAUAGCGCUUGGUAUAAACUUGGCAAUUAAUAGUAAGAAUGCGCAACUAAUGGUUGAAAAUAAUCGUUUACAAGGUCUUAUAAAAAAGGCAUUCAGAAAUCAAGAUCCUCUGAUAAUGAAAAUGAUUCGAAAUAUUUCUCAACAUGAUUCAACGAAAGAAAAUUUUGUUGAAUUUGUUGGUGAUUUUGCUAUGGCGUUAAAUCAGUCAGAUUCACAAGACUUUGUAUUGGAAGUUAUAGGUGUAUUAAGCAAUUUAGAAUUACCUGAUUUGGAUUAUUCACAAAUACUUCAUCGAUGCGAUUUGAUACCAUGGAUACGAAAUAAUCUUGUUCCAGGUAAAGCACCAGAUGAUCUAGUACUUGAGAUUGUAAUGUUUCUCGGUACAGCAGCUUACGAUGAAGAUUGUGCACGUUUAUUAUGCAAAGCUGACAUACUGUUAUCUCUUAUUGAGCUUCUGAAAGCAAAACAAGAAGAUGAUGAAAUGGUUUUGCAAAUAAUUUAUGUUUUUUAUCAAAUAUCGAAACACGAUUCAACAAGAGAUUAUUUAAUACGCGAGACCGGUAAUGAAGCACCUGGAUAUUUAAUAGAUCUUAUGCAUGAUAAAAAUCCAGCAAUUAGAAAAGUAUGUGAUGCUUGUUUGGAUGUUAUUGCUAUGUGUGAUAAAAAUUGGGCAGCGCGUAUAAAAGUGGAGAAGUUUAGAUCUCACAAUCAGCAGUGGUUGGAAAUGGUAGAAUCCAUAACAACUGAUACCAGCAAUCAUUUGUUCCCGGAAGAAGAUGAUAGCCUUUCACCAUUCAUGAACGGUGAUCUUUUAAAACAUACAAUGUUAUUUCCUUCUGGUAAUGUAACAUCAUUCAAUACAGACGAUCGAUUUUCACUUAUGAAAAAUUCUUCAGAAUCAUCUGAAAAUCAAAGUCGUCCAGUUAGUAGGUACAAAGAUUUCGAUGAAAUAGGUGAAGUUAUGACUCGUUCCAAGUCUCGUAUGUCUGUUGGUUCGGGUAUCGAAGAUCUUUAUUACAAUUCUAAAGUUAAAUUUUCUGAAUCAGAGAGUUCACAUGUAUUAAUAUAAAAGGUAUUAUAUAUUUUGCACCAUGCAAGCAACAAAAUUGGCAUCUAUAAACAUGGUUCUACUCCAUGUUCAUUUAUUUGCAAAAACGUUUUAAAAAGCUUUAAAAACUAUACGUGAUACAUUGUUUUGAUCUCAUAAGUUAAUUUUGCGUAGAAACAUUGAGUUUCAACUAGUCCUGUAAAUUUAUGAAAUGAUGUAGUUAAUAUGAUUUUUUCUACUCUGUAAUAUAAGCAUGUGCAAUAAUGUAAUUCUGCAAAUGAUUAAUUUUAUUAUAGUUUUAACAUAAUAUGGUACUAUAUAGAUAUGUUUGUAACACAGUGUUUAGCAACAAACAAAUAAUUUAAAAACCCCAGAGUCAGAACUAAUUUAUAAAAAUCUAUGUUAUAUUAGAGUAUUUUGUAAACUUUUAGAGAAUUUUUUUUUAAUUAAAGUACACAUUCCAUUUUUUUUUUUUUUUUUACACCUUUAACUAACAAUAUACUGGUGCAAAACGACGUUAUAUGUAUUAAAAAAACAUGUUAUUUAUUAUUCUCUAUAUCGUAAUAAAUAAUUUGCAAAUUACUAAAUAUAAUUUAUUUCUUUUAAUACAUAAUAUUUGUAUAUAUUAUUCAAUAACUGGGAAUAACGUUAACAAUUAUUGAAAAAUCCUUGGUUUAUUAUUUGAACUUAGGCUUUUUCUCACAAUAGUAUGAGCAGCUGGUCUAAACACAACAGUGUAGCUAUUGUCACCAUCAGUAUAAAAUGUAUGUUCUUUCAAGUCCCAACUAACAGGACUAUCUUGAAAUCCUUGUACAUGUAAAGCACACCAUGGUAAAGUUCUGUGCAUUGAUACAUAUUCUUUCGCAGCAUUAUAUAAAUUUAUUAUUUGCCUUCUAGUAAACAAACCAGUCCAUUGGAGAUAUUGUACUUGACCAAAUUCUGUAGAAGGAGACGGACAUAUGUAUGUGUUUACAUAAUCAUCUUCUUUAUUAUUUUUUCUGAAAAUAUAUAAUUUAUUAUCUCGGAUAUUGAAAAUUUUAUAAACAUAUUCAUUUUAAAUAUUUGUUUUAUACAUACAAAUCACCAGAGAUAGUAAAAACUCCAAGCCACUCAAAGAAUUUAUCGUUAUUAGAAUCAUUUGAAAUUAUUGGUACUUUCAAUGAAUAUUCAGUUUUUUGUAAAAAACUUUGAUGACAAAGAGAAACGUUAUAUUCGCGUUUAUGAAACCAUGCCGCAAUGGAUGAUGGACACAAAUUUUCAUCUUUAAAAGUAAAAGUAGAAUGAAUUGUACAACAUUAACAUAUAUGGAUAAAUGAAAUUUAAAGAAGAAGAACAUUACCUGGUGGAUUCCAUGAUACAAUUACAUCAAACUUUUGAUUAAAACGCUCUUUUAAUGAUAUUCGAGUAUGUUCAUAAUUCUUUUUGCCAGGUAUAAAACUUUCACACUUUAAAUCAAUAGUUAUAACUUUUUGUUCACAUUACCGGUAAAAAAAAAAAGAAAACAUGUACAAGUCUAUUUUAAACUUUAAAAUAAAAUCUAGAUUAGAAAGUUGUAAAAAUGUGUUGAUACUAUAGUUUUUAAAAUAAAGAAAUAUGUUAAC